CAGAAAGCAGAGGCUGAAGGAGAGGCUCCAUGGCACAUAGCACAGAGACAACACCUUCAAUGUCCAUUCUGACUCUCAUGGGGAACUAGGCCAUUCAUAUCCAGCUGCUCGUAUACUUUUAGCAGUGACAACUGCCAUCAGGACCAUGGAAAAGCAGCAAGAGCCUCCAUCCAACCAACCAGUGCGCGGCCAAUGGGCCAACAAAAUGGAAUUUCUCCUAGCAGUGGCCGGCCAGAUCAUUGGCUUGGGUAAUGUGUGGAGGUUUCCAUACUUGUGUUACAAAAAUGGAGGAGGGGUGUUCUUCAUUCCUUAUGUGCUGUUCCUGUUUUCCUGUGGCAUCCCACUCUUUCUGUUGGAGACCUCUCUGGGGCAGUACACGAGCCAGGGAUCAGUCACUUGCUGGCGAAAGAUAUGCCCUCUUUUUGAAGGUCUGGGCUAUGGAAACCAAGUUGUGGUUUUGUACUCCAGCAUCUAUUACAUCGUCAUUCUGGCCUGGGCAUUCUUCUAUCUAUUCUCCUCCUUCACACCUGAGUUGCCCUGGGCAAGCUGUCAAAACCCCUGGAACACAGAGAACUGUAUGGAGUUUGACAAAACCAGAGGCCUACUCAACUUAACCAUUUUUGAAAAUGCAACAUCGCCGGUGAAAGAAUUUUGGGAGCGAAGGGUUCUGAAUAUCACAGACAAUGUGUAUGAGAUGGGCAGUAUGAGAUGGGAGUUAGUCCUGUGUCUUCUUCUGUCAUGGAUAAUUUGCUACUUCUGUGUGUGGAAAGGAGUCAAGUCCACAGGAAAGGUGGUGUACUUCACAGCUACCUUCCCCUACGUCAUGCUGGUGGUGCUGCUGGUCCGGGGGCUCACACUGCCCGGGGCAGCGGAUGGCAUCAAGUUCUACCUCUAUCCCGAUCCAGCACGCCUGGCUGACCCUCAGGUGUGGAUGGACGCUGGCACACAGAUUUUCUAUUCUUAUGCCAUUUGCAUUGGAUGCUUGACUGCGCUGGGCAGUUACAAUAAGUACGACAACAACUGUUACAAAGAUUGUGUGUGGCUGUGUCUAUUAAACAGCGCGACCAGUUUUGUGGCUGGUUUUGCCAUUUUCUCUGUAUUGGGGUUCAUGGCUUAUGAGCAAAAAACAAAUAUCUCAAUGGUAGCAGAAUCAGGUCCGGGCUUGGCAUUCAUUGCCUACCCUCGAGCCGUCGCUAUGAUGCCUUUACCUCAACUCUGGGCCAUAUGUUUCUUCAUCAUGAUCAUUUUGCUUGGGCUGGACAGUGAGUUUGUAGGCCUGGAGGCUUUGAUGACCGCCAUCACAGAUAUGUUUCCCCACUUCUUCCACACGGGCAAGCACAGACGCAAGAUCCUUCUGCUCAUCAUCAGUAUAGCGAGCUUCCUCAUUGGCUUAGUGAUGGUCACUGAGGGUGGGCUGUAUAUUUUCCAGCUUUUCGACUACUAUGCCUGCAGUGGAAUGACUUUGUUAUUGUUUGCUUUGUUCCAGUCUGUAUGUAUUGGAUGGAUUUAUGGUGCUGACCACCUGUAUGACAAUAUAGAGGAUAUGAUUGGAUAUCGGCCUCUCCCUCUGAUAAAGUAUUGUUGGAAAUAUGUCACACCAGUAGUCUGCUCUAGUACAUUUGUGUUCUCCCUCGUCAAAUACAGUCCUCUGAAGUUCAACAACACUACUGAAUACCCAUGGUGGGGUUACGCUAUUGGUUGGUGGUUCACUCUUUCAUCUACAUUGCUUGUGCCCCUUUGGAUGAUAUAUGCAAUUAUUUCUACUCCUGGAAGUCUACGACAGAGGCUUCAGACACUGUGCACUCCAUCUCGAGACCUUCGAAACCGGACCCAAAAGAACGCCAUCCACUGUCCUCAGGACCCCGAGUGUAGGGUUCCAUUCCAGAAUUCAGAGACAGUCUGGAACAAGUUCAAAGACACUGGCCCUCUUUAGAUAUCUUGGGGAAGUGUCCCUUCUAAUCACACUAAGAUCUUGUAGAACAGUCAUGAUUUAAGCUACAGAUCUCCUGUGGUUAGCUGGUGAACACAUCUGAAAUGGGGUAUGCUCUGUUUUUGGACUGUGACAAAAGAAAAGUGAUUUCAAAUUAGUCCACCAGUAAGUGUUCACCAGUAACAUCUAGAGUGAGUGAUUUCAGGAAUGUCUCUUUUGAAUAUAUCAUGUCCUUUUGAUGGGGACAUUUUUUAAUUCCAGUGUGAAUUAAUCAAAGGCUGCUGGUAAAUGUUCCAGAUGAGAUGGUUUAUAUUGAUAUUUUUAUAAAGGAUUAUUUUCUGAUCUGAAUAAUUGUUGGUCUUCCGGUGCUUAUAUACUGUAGGUGACCAGGAACAAUCCACAACUUAAAAUAAUGACAGGACCUGCUGAAAGCUCUUACUCGUCAAAGCCUUUACUGUACAGUAUGUGUACUUCAGAAAAAAAUGACCAGAGCAGAUUUGCUUAAUGUGUUUGUGUGUGUGUGUGUGUGUGUGUGUGUGUGUGUGUGUGUGUGUGUGUGUGUAUAUGUGUGUGUGUGUGUGUGUGUGUGUGUGUGUGUGUGUGUGUGUGUGUGUGUGUGUGUGUGUGUGUGUUGCUAUAGCAUUAUUAUGUGCCAAAUGUCGGCAUAACCAUAUGGUCUUCAACAAGAAUUGCCAUAGUCGUAUUUACUUGGUAUGUCGUAAACAAGACAGGAUAUUGUGCAUUAUGUUUUAUAACAUAACAGAAAUAUUUAAGUUAACCCUCAGAAGGGUAUUUGUGUAUUCUUUAGGGGUGUGAAUCUCUCAUGUGAAAGACGAUACGAUUCGCAUCUAGAUACAUUGUCACGAUACGAUUCAAAAAAAGAUACAUGUUAAUAGCAAACGAUUCGGUACGAUUCAAUUCGAUGCGAUUCGAUGCAAUUCGAUGCGGUUCAAUAAUCGAAAGCAUUCUGAAAGUUAUUUUUCAUUGUGCACAUUCACUUUACAAUUGUGCACAUUUUACAUGAUCAAGUUAAUGGUUAUCAAUAGGACAAACAACUUGAUGUAUGAACAUGACAAAACAUUUUAUUGUGAAAAGGUGAGGUUUUUCAUAUAAUAUUUUAGUAAUGACACACACUGAGGACACCAUAAAGAAAUAAACAGAAGAAACACAUAUCUCUGUAUAUGUUGUAUAAAAAAAAUUAAAGACCAAAGAGGUGUCGUUACAAAAGAAAAUAAAGCAGUGCUUUGCCCUUGGCCUUUUCUCAUGUAAAAGAAUAAAUGAUUCUCUGCUUAUCUCCCUCAACAAUGGAAUUCUCUUCUCUGAUUGGCUGAUGGGGUGGCCAUUAACUUCGUAUAACCUGCUGCCUUUGAAGUAGUUCCCGUAUCACACUUGAAUAUUAAUUCGCCAAACUCGUUGCGAAGUUUAAAUGAACUAUCUUGUUGCAUCCAAGCUGAAAUACAGACGUGCAGAACCAUAGUAACAUUGUAGCAUAUGACGGAGGUGGAUUGUAGCUAGUUGGAUGCCAUGUAGGCUAUAAAAGUAGCGAUCUUUCAAAGUUAAAGUUAAUCAGAAUCCUGGGAUAUGCCCGCUUGACAACGGGAGAGAUAGAACCAGAGCCAUAUAAAGAGACCUUCUCUUUUGAAAAAGCCAAACGACUUCCAAACUUUGGAUUUAAGUUUCGCCGGCGCGUUGAAUAUAGGUUCGGAGUUGUCAGAAAUCUUUUCUGAGGAAGACUAGCAUCUCAUUCCUUCAGGCACGUCCAGGACACGUUUCGUUGGAAUGGAUAGAAGAACGUGAUAGGCUAUGCCAUCUUUGACCAAUGAGAGGCUGUCAUUGUUCUCAAAUCAAAAUUGGGAUGCACACAGCCACGCACCAGGCCAGGAAAUCGAGUAUUUCAUAAGAGACGGUCAAGUCAGAAACGUUUGCGAAUGUGAACCGAUUUGAGUCUUUUAAAUCGAAACAAUAACCGAUUCAUGUCAUGAAAAAUUCGAAACGAGGCUUGAUGCAUCGAUGUAGUCGUCUUUUACAGGUUAAAAACGAAUAUCGAUAUGUAUCGGUUAUUUUUUACACCCCUAGUAUUCUUUACUACACAUGGAUCAUAGUGCGUGACAACACACUAUCAAAUAUCUCUCCUGGUACUUUGACAGUCUGUGAUUAAGCCUACCUGAAAUCUGAAAAGCGAUUGUUUUUCUCUGUGUUACAAAAGUAUGAAAGGGGCUUAAAAUGGUGUAUAUGUCUUUGUUAUCACAGUCAUAAUAAUCUGAUUUGUAAUUUUCAAGAACACUUUAAAUAGUAAAUAUGAAUAUAAUUAUGUCAAAAGCCACGAUUCAAUGUUGCUCUUAUAUGCAUCAGUGAUGGUUGGAUGUGGGCCUGUAUUUUUCAGUACUGUAUGACACAUUGGGACCAGUUAAUGUGGAUCACAACGUUUAUCUCCCAUUGUGUACAUCUUUUCUGGUUGUUCUUUUUGCCUUUUAUUUGUGUAACACUAAUUGUGUUUGUAUAGUUAAUGAGACUCCUGCAUCCUUUGGGAAACUGAAUGCCAGUUUUUAUGAAUUUUCUAACCAUGUCCAUUUGAGUAUUUUCUUGUUCCUUGCUCAAGCUACAUGCCUUCCAUCUCUUGCAGCUCUGUCUCUGCUUUUGGUGGAAUAUAAUAAUUUGUGUCCGCAUUUUUUGGUGUUUGGUGUAUUUCUGUGUUGCUGUAACUGAACAACGUUUAUUGUUUAUUUUUUUUGUAAGUACUAUGAAUGCUGGUGAGGUGUUGACACCUACCUUUGACUCUGGAAUGUUAACACAUUGAUGUUCUAAUGCCGUGCAUACACAGACAUGACACUAUAAGAGCUGUUAUGCCUGUAGAUGGGCAUGGAGUUAUCUGCUCUGGAUUUAGCAGUAACAAACAUUUUCAAAUGUAGGUACAAAUAACAGUAAGGACACCCACUGCAUGUUGAAAUACAAAAUAAGCUUUUGCAGUUGUAUUUUUGAGCCUCUGAUCUCCUUGAGGAGAUCUCUGGAUCUGUACAAGUUACUGGGAAGAAAAAUAAUUGAUAUGCGCUAUUAUGUUAGACAGACCAUGACUAAAAUCAAUGUUGUCCAUUGUUGUCUUAUUGUUCAGAAUAAAUAAAGUUUAGGCAACAUA